AUGAAAUGUCAAUUUUCUUCCCCUUCAGGUGGAGUUAACUGUCAUUUGAAAACCAAAUGCAGCUUUUGCCAUGCAUGUCGAUGCAAAAUUUCCCCAUCGAAAUUCGUAGAGGUCGAUUGUUCAUACUCGAAACUUAAGAAUAUACCCAAACUGCCAAGAAAUGUAAGCAGUGUUGAUCUAAGUAACAACAAUAUACAUAACAUACCGGAACAUCAUUUUAAAGACAACGAUAUUUUAUCUGAAAUAAACCUUUCAGUCAAUAGAUUACAUACUCUUAAGAAAGAAAUGUUUUUUGGACUGAAAAAUGUUGGAAAGCUGCAUAUGAACAACAACAACAUUACAGAAACAACGAACGAUUCGUUUUCACAUUUACAAAGACUAUCAUAUUUAGAUGUUAAGAAGAACAAUAUUAGCUGGAGCAAUAACAACGUUACAUUUCCUCAAUCUUUGCUCACAUUGAAAAUUGAUUAUAAUGCGUCUCAUGAAAACCUACCUAAAAUGUCUCAUUUAGAGACUCUAGACGUCUCUGGAUCAUCUGGGCAAUGUAACAUACACACCGUGAAACCAGAUACGUUUAGAUCUGUACCAACAAUAUAUGAGUUAGAUAUUUCUGCUUGCAAAGUGAAUUAUGUUCACAAUGGUUCUUUUAGUUUCAUGAAAAAUUUAUCAAAUCUUGACGUUUCUUUUAACACUUGUUUAAGGUUUGAUGGUUUAGAAAAUGUGACAAUUGACCUUCCAUUCACUUCGAUAAAAGUUCUGAAAUUUAACAAAAUUCACAAAACAUUUCAAAUGAAUACGAAAGUUUUGAAACAGCAUUUUUUGCAUUUAAGAUAUACAAACUUAGAAGAACUGCAUGGCGAUAGCAAUAAAAUCCAACUCAUAGAAGAAGGAACUAUACAACAACUUCCAACUUCCCUUCGAAAACUUUUUGUUUCCGACAAUGAAUUUUCGUAUGGACAAUAUUUGUUCGAUUUUAUAACUAUGCAAAUUGAAUUCGUAAAUGCGUCGUUUUUAUUCAAUUCGCGAAGGAAUAAAGAACGAGAAGAAAAAUGCGAGCGUCCGGAUGAAUCAUCUUGUAAUAAAGUCUUUAAACCAAAACAUAUAUUUGAUGAGACAAUAUCCCGAUUCAGCACUGCCUGGAGAGCACUGCCAAUUCCUCGAAAACUGAAAAAAUUUCUAUACAAAGACUGCUUUCUCCGCUAUGACAUACAACAGUAUGCAAUUUCCGAAAACAUAGUGGAAUAUGUAGAUUUGAGUUAUAAUAUUUUCUAUUCGUGGAUAGGUCCACUUCUUACUUUUGAUCAUGUUCAAUAUUUAGAUUUAUCUAAUAACAUUUGCUCGAAUGUGUCAAAAGUAUUUUUUAAAAGCGUUCCAAAUGUAAUAACAUUACUCCUACAAAAUAACCUACUUGGAUUUGUCCUUCCGGAUGACACUGAAGGGGAGAUAAUGCAACAUAUGCCAGCCCUUCAAUUUGUGAAUUUGGCAGAUAAUAGGAUUCCAAGUUUGCCGUAUACAUUUUUUAAAUCUCAUACAAAUUUGAAGGAAAUUAAAUUAGGAGGAAAUAUGAUGGAUAAUAUAACCUUCCAAAUUAACCACAUGAAACAAUUAUCAAGUCUAGAUCUUUCUAAUAAUAUAAUUUCUAGUUUAGAUGAACAUGCUCGUGGUAAUUUAGAAGAGGUAUACAAAGCGAAAAACAAUUUUUCAAUUGAUAUAAGUGGGAAUCCAUUAAAAUGUAGUUGUGAUACCAUAGAAUUUAUUAAGUGGAUGUCAACAACAAAAGUCAAGAUUCUAAAUAAACGCAAAACCGCAUGCUUGACGUCUCGUGGGGACCAAGAAUCAUUAUCAAAACCGAAAAGAAUUUUUGAAAAGCUUCAAAGCGAAUGUUCGUCGUAUUCAUCUUUGAUUGUUGGCACAGUAGCAACAUUGGUCGUUUUCUUGUUUGUGCUAAUUUGGGGCAUAUGCUACCGUAAUAGGUGGCGCUUACGAUAUAUGUAUUACAUGGUGAAAAAUAAAUAUCAAGUGCAAAAUAAAGGAAGCAACGACAAUGAUAGCGAAUAUGAGUACGAUGCUUUUAUAUCCUACGACAACAACGACCGAUUUUUCGUUCAUGACAAACUUUUGCAUUGUCUAGAAAGACAGACUGGAUUGAAGCUGUGUAUACAUAAGAGAGAUUUUCUACCUGGAAAUGACAUUGCAGCAAACAUAACGUCUGCAAUUCACAACAGCCGUAAAGUGGUCAUUGUAAUGUCACAUAAUUAUCUUGAUUCGUACUGGUGUAUGUUUGAAUACAACAUGGCAAAAGUGGAAAGCAUUUACUCCAGAAAUAAGGAAAACAUAUUAUUUUUAGUAUUUCUAGAGAAAAUGUCAUCAAAAGAUUUACCAAUGAUGGUUUUAGAAUUGAUACAAUCCAGCUCUUAUAUUGAAUAUCCAAACGAUGAAUUUGGUGACACAGUGUUUUGGAAUAAAUUAAGGGAAGUCUUAUCGCAGUAA